UACGUGUAUCAGAGAGAUAAAAUUGAAGAUGAAUUAGAAAUGACUACAGUGUGCCAUAGACCCGAAGGACUGGAACAGCUUGAAGCACAAACCAAUUUCACUAAAAGAGAACUUCAAGUGCUUUACAGAGGAUUUAAAAAUGAAUGUCCUAGCGGUGUUGUUAAUGAAGAAACAUUCAAACAGAUCUAUGCACAGUUUUUUCCUCAUGGAGAUGCUAGCAUGUAUGCACAUUAUCUCUUUAACGCAUUUGACACUGCACAAAAUGGCUCAGUGAAGUUUGAGGAUUUUGUGAUGGCAUUGUCCAUUCUGUUGCGAGGAACUGUUCAUGAAAAGCUAAGAUGGACGUUUAAUCUGUACGACAUAAAUAAGGAUGGCUAUAUAAACAAGGAGGAAAUGAUGGAUAUCGUAAAGGCAAUUUAUGAUAUGAUGGGAAAGUACACAUAUCCAGUGCUCAAGGAAGAUGCGCCAAGGCAGCAUGUAGAAGUAUUCUUCCAGAAAAUGGAUAAAAACAAAGAUGGUGUUGUAACUUUAGACGAGUUUAUUGAAUCCUGUCAGGAGGACGACAAUAUCAUGCGAUCCUUACAGCUCUUUGAGAACGUCAUGUAACCGUGUCUGGUGAGCGCUGGAGGAGUCAGAGACUUUCUGUGUAACAAAUCUUUCUGGGUGAAAGCUUUUUACAGUUCAGCCAUGUUCAGUGUGUGAGGAUUUUGUAUGACGUCUCCAACCAAAUGGCAACUGAAUGCAACCGAUCCCACCUCUUCUUCCCAAGAGACGCCAGUGGACCUUUGUUUCUUUUUGGAAGCAUGUGAAUAUUUUAAUAAAUCCUGACGAGAG